AUGGACCCGGGAGAUCGAAAGCGUGGCUUUAGCAACGCCUUUCACCCAUCCAACGACCCGUAUCGCAAGGCACUGCGUAGCAUCACUGGCUCCACUGCUUCGAGUCGUCCAUCCUUCGACACGCCCAUUGUCAUGUUUGGCUCGAACAAAGAGAACAAGGAACCCUUCUUCAACACAACCACAGAGCUUAUGAAGCUUUUCGAUGCUCCUCAAUCACAUGUGCGCCAGCCACUAGGCCCCCGCUUCUUCGAGCCACAUGCAGAGCUCCCGUAUGACAGCAUGGACUUCACGAUGAGUGAAAACCCCAUACCUCUUUCGGAACAAGGCCACCAGAUCAACUCAUCUGCAGUCGGAUAUGGUUCAGACCCAUGUUCAAGCUCCCCGUUUGACGGCGUGCUGGCAUCGUGCUCUUACACAGAGCCUGGACCCGUCAUCUUCGAAGACCCAGACACCCCCGUCUAUGAUCAACUUGACCACACUGGCAAGGUGACCCCGACUGACCUGUCUUUUCAGGACUUGUCGCUGCAGGAAUCUCCAGAGACAUGGCUUCCAGGCCAGUGCCAGUCCCCGACUCGAGUCACCCGUACGAGUGUCUUCAUGGUGGAGUCCAAGUCUCUACAGCGAUAUUUCCCAACCCUCGAUCCAGAAGACAUAGCCAUAUACUUUGACAAAGGCAAGCAAGUCAUGAAAGUCAACAAGUACCUUCUCAGCAACGCAUCUCACUUCCUCGCCGCCAUGCUCAACGUACCGUCGCUCGAAGGCCACACGCGCUGCAUCCGUCUUCGAGAUGACUUCCCCUACGCCAUCGCCGCCAUGGUGCAGUUUAUCGAAAACGAUAUCUACGCCUUUGAUCCCAACAUGCGCACCCAGUACCCGCACAUCACGCUCCUGGACCUGCACAUCCACGCCUACAUUGUCGGCGCCAAGUACAGCGUGCACAGGCUGUGCGACCACGCCAUUGACGAGUACCUCAACAUUGGCCGAAUGAUCCUCAGCAUGGGCAUCCGUGUCCGCGACACCGACACAAUGGAUUUCCCAGCCGACCACUCGCCACAUGCGAACACGAACAGCCCCGUCUCGUCAGUCGUGAAUUCCUUUCUCGACUCCCUCGUGCUCAUCUGGCGCAACACGUCGCACCGCGAUGACGCGUUGCGCGAUGCGGUGCUCGAGCUGCUGAAGCCGCAGCUGCCGCAGCUCAUGCACCUGAAGUUCUUCCAGACACUGAUGAUGGAGAUGCCGGGGUUUGGCGACGAUGUCGUGCAGAGUCUGGCCGAGGAUGGCUUCGAUGUCAAGGCUUAUCCUGUGCUACCGGGUUUCCGCAAAAAGGGUACUGUCUGGUUCAGUGGCGCGUGAGUGAACUAGUUUGACGGCGGCGGGUUAGGUCUGGGAAUACAUGCGGCGUGGCAUGCACGUCAUGUGCAAUGCGGAGAUGGACAUGGUCAUGGAUGGGGUGAUGUGGCGGUCUGAG